CCGGGACGGGCGCCCGACGUCGCCUUUCCGUCGGGGCGACACGACUUACUUCAGACCACCGGAUGUUGAUGAUGCAGAUAGCGUGGACAACGAGCUAGAAAAUUCUCACUCGUCUAGCGCGGCCUCCGCAGCAGCAACGCAAAACAAAGCGGUCGUGAACCUGCGAAGCCGUGGUAGCAUCAUUUCGCAACUAGCAAACCAGUCUAGUCCGGGCGCUGACGGCAUGGAUAGAACUAGGACAAGUGAACAACUAGUAGAAGGCUUUGGGAAUGAAAAUGACGCACCAUUGUCUGUAUCGCGACUGCGAGUUGUUCAUCAGGGCAGCAGCGUGCGUGUCCUGGACAAUGACUACGACUCGGCCGCUGGGAGAAAUGCCAUCAGCAACGAAGGCGAUCAACGGCAAGGGCAGCACGUAACAGUAGGAGGCAGUACUGCUUUCAUUCCCGCAAUACCCUCGCCUCUCGUUGCUUCGGGCCUGUCGUCGCCCCAGUCCAGUAGGCUCGCAUCAAUAGUUUCAUCGGACGAUAGGCGCGGUCGAAGUGCAGGGAAAGAGCAGAAGCAGAUGUCGUCGGAAUCCACGAAUCUCCGUAUCACAGCCUUGCCACCAACUAAAAAACAGCGAUGUACCGGUCUGGAUGAGGAGAGACCGGCUCUUUCAGGAAAUAAGAAUGACCUUGUUGACUUAGCAGAAAAUGAGCAGCAGCGAGUUCGCUCUACAACGGGAAGCAAGACGAGCAACCAGUUUACUGUCGACCCACGACUUUUGGCAUCUCCUCAAGGUAGUCCUAGCGGAUUUCACGGCAAAGCCAAAGGCAGAGGUGGACCCAGCGACGCUGCUCCGCCUGGCGCGACUAAAAUUGAAGAUCAGGCUUUCAGCGAGCGCUUACAGGCACAGGCGGAGAGCAAGAAGCGGAAGGCUGCACUCGCAGGCUCCACAGUAAAUAGUGCAGGGAGCAUCAAGUUGAAAGUCGGCGCAUCACCAAGUACGUCUUCAAGCAGUAGUGGACGGAGUUUGCAGAGUUCACCUUCUGGCAAUCCCUUUCUGAAUCCAGCGCUUCCCAGUGAACGAAGUCCUGAUGAAAUCUAUCACGCAGACCCCGACCCUUUCCCCUUGCAGAAAAUCUAUCACGCAGAAAUCUUCCACCGACCAGCCGAGCCAUACCGGCAAGAAGCUGGUGGAACCGCAGGAGGCAUGACAGCGCACUCUCUGCAGAGAGACCCUUUUCUCGUUUCUGGACGAAUAUCUCAUGCUGCAAGUAGUGCAGGAGGGUUGCCGAACUUCGAUAGCGUUGUUUUCCACAGCCAACAUCAGAACAGCGCAACAAGUGCCGAUCUUGAUCGUACCAUUCCAAAUUGGGUAGAAGGAAAUCAGACACAGAUGCUUGAAAAAACGGGACCACGGCCAGAAGUUGUGAAAGAAGAAUCUUCCUCACUGGUGUACAAUAUGGAUUCGCCACCUCACCCUGGAGAAGACCAAGAAAACGCUGACGAGACAAGCGGUUUUGUGUCUAUUGCGCAUUUCCCUUGUUUUGAUGGGACGUAUGCGCAGGAGCACGGUGAAAUGUGGAGCGAAAAACCUGUUUGGCGGUCGGGGUGUAACCUCAUCUAUUGGAACGAAGACUAUCAAAUGUGGUGGCUUGGACGCGAUCCCGAAACCACAGAUGAACUUGCUUUCGUGCAGGAAAUGCUGAGUCAUUUUGAACCUGACAAAGUUCACGGAAAAUUCGCUCAGAUGCUCGUUUCCGAAAUGCGCAAACACUCUCCACCGCCAGCUUAUGCCAGUGGGAACGAUUUAGCUGCAAUAAAGGACCAACAGCAGCUCUGGCUCCUCCAGUGUGAAGAGCAGCAAGUGUUCACUAGCAGAUUUGUGCAGAAUCUGCGGCAGAUUUUUCGAGCCGGUCUUCUCGUUGAUCCCGCGGCCAUCGACACGGGCAUGCUGCGGGAACCAGCGCGGCAGCUAUUUUCGGUGCCUGGCGUAGAGGCUGGUAGUCAGCUCGACCUAGAUUUUGGCGACGACCCGCGACCGAUUGGUACAGUUUUGCCGACGUUUGCGCUUGCGGCACUACGAAACUGCUCAUUGCGCUUGUCCAUUCGGAUUUGAGCUGUUCUCCUCCUCGUCUGAGUUUCUGUCCUGUUGUACAGAUCUAGACUUCUACUAUUUUAUUUGAUUGAGCUGAUUGAAUCCUUAAACAAGCAAACCGGCAGCUUCCCGAGUAUUUAUCUAAGGAAUAUAAGAUAAAUUGCUCUGAAUACGAUUCACAUGCCCUGAGUUCUUUGGCUAAUAAUGCUUGACAAUGACAAGGCAAGAAGAUAGCUCGUGGAUAAUUACUGGAAGCGUUGACAUGAGUUUGAGUCGAGUAUGUAAAAACGGCUGGUCGUCAAGGUUAUUUAAGUAUCUGAAUGUAUCGACGAAAGUCAAUCGUCGCGUCCCUGACUGCGUCUCACGACUAGCAUGAAAAAUCCGGCAGCUUUUAGAGCCGAGCUUUGGAGAGAUGCAGAGUCAUCGUUUUUUUUAAUACUUAUCUCAGCAGAUUUGAGCCUCUUCCGGUGAGCUCUUGUUAUAUAUACAUAGUAUCACAACAUGGGAUCUCUCGUAAAUGAGAAUGUAUGGCUAGUAAGUGCAACGUCAAUUAAGACUGAAACUGUCGCAAACUUUAUGAUUUUGUUUAUUCGACGCGGACGGCGCGAACGUAACGCAUUUACACGAGAAAAAAUUGUAGCUGUGGCAAGAUGUUCUUACUUCUUCAAAAUGUUGAUUUUACUACAUAUAUCUUUUUGUUCUAUUUUGUCUUCGUGACGCAGGUAGGUUUUAGUUGCUACAUUAUGGGGAUGAUGAUUGGCAAUGACGAUGAACAAAGCAUGUCGAAAUCUUUGAAAACUUUCGGGGUCGAAGUAGACGCGCAUUUCUUGUUCUCCUCCACACCAGAGACUUCCCAAAAAACUGGGAGCAACUUGCGCUGAUGUCAAGUCAUCAAUCUGCUGCUGCC